AUGGGAAGGACAGGCAAAGAAGGCCAGCCCAGGGAAUACUACACUUUGGAUUCUAUCUUGUUCCUGCUCAACAAUGUGCACCUUUCACAUCCUGUUUAUGUCCGUCGUGCUGCAACUGAAAACAUUCCGGUGGUAAGACGACCUGAUAGGAAAGAUCUGCUAGCCUACCUAAAUGGGGAAACUUCAACCUCAUCAAGUAUAGAUAGAAGUGCUCCACUUGAGAUUGGCCUUCAGCGAUCCACUCAAGUUAAAAGAGCAGCAGACGAAAUACUAGCAGAAGCAAAGAAACCAAGAAUAGAGGAUGAAGAGUGUGUGCGUCUCGAUAAGGAGCGGUUGGCAGCUCGGUUGGAAGGGCAUAAAGAAGGUAUCGUGCAAACAGAGCAGAUCAGGUCCUUAUCUGAAGCCAUGUCUGUGGAAAAAAUCGCUGCUAUCAAAGCAAAAAUCAUGGCAAAGAAAAGAUCGACUAUCAAAACUGAUCUGGAUGAUGACAUAACUGCUCUUAAACAGAGAAGUUUUGUGGAUGCUGAGGUGGACGUAACCAGGGAUAUUGUCAGCAGAGAGAGAGUGUGGAGGACAAGAACUACAAUCUUGCAAAGCACAGGCAAGAACUUUGCCAAGAAUAUUUUUGCAAUUCUUCAGUCAGUAAAAGCCAGAGAGGAAGGCCGUGCACCUGAGCAGAGACCGGCACCAAACACAGCACCCACGGAUCCCACUUUACGAAAUAAGCAACCUAUUCCAGCUGCGUACAACAGAUAUGAUCAGGAAAGGUUCAAAGGAAAAGAGGAAACGGAAGGCUUUAAGAUUGAUACCAUGGGCACCUAUCAUGGAAUGACUUUGAAGUCUGUAACGGAAGGUGCUUCUGCCCGAAAAACCCAGACUCCAGCAGCACAGCCCGUCCCGCGACCAGUUUCUCAAGCAAGACCACCUCCAAAUCAGAAAAAAGGGUCUCGAACUCCCAUAAUCAUUAUUCCGGCAGCCACCACCUCUCUAAUAACUAUGCUUAAUGCAAAGGAUCUUCUGCAAGAUCUCAAGUUUGUACCAUCAGAUGAAAAGAAGAAGCAAGGCUGUCAACGGGAAAAUGAAACCCUAAUACAAAGAAGGAAGGACCAAAUGCAGCCUGGAGGAACUACAGUCAGCGUUACUGUUCCGUAUCGAGUAGUAGACCAACCUCUGAAGCUUAUGCCACAAGACUGGGAUCGUGUGGUGGCCGUGUUUGUACAGGGGCCUGCUUGGCAAUUCAAAGGUUGGCCUUGGCUGUUGCCCGACGGAUCGCCGGUUGAUAUCUUUGCAAAAAUUAAAGCUUUCCAUCUCAAAUACGAUGAAGUGCGUCUGGAUCCCAAUGUACAGAAAUGGGAUGUAACAGUGUUAGAAUUAAGCUACCACAAACGGCACUUGGACAGGCCAGUAUUUCUACGCUUCUGGGAAACCUUGGACAGGUAUAUGGUAAAGCACAAAUCUCACUUGAGAUUCUGAAUCCUUCAGCUGCCAUUUAUUUACUGGAGUGUAUGGAUUGCGAAAAAUGAAAGAGGCUCCAGUUUGGAGACCAGGGCUCGCACUAUAGGAUUUGU